GGCACUGCCUCCACCGCAGCCUCGUCGUCUGAGAAGUGCCUUGGGCCCCAAUCUUUUGCCCUGCUCCUCCACUUUCCUUACUUUCUUAAUGGUUCUUUCCUUCGCUUUGGCUACCCCCGAGGAACCGGGAAAGAAACUUUCAACCUACCCUGAAUGCUGGGUUUUGCUAAUCGGCAUGUCAUCGGGGCACAAGCGAUCCCGACGCGAUGUCGGCGCCAGCGACAGCAUCUCGCCCGCUAAGCGGCUCCAGGUGGAUGUUGACCACCAAUAUGCUUGGUCCCUGACCCCAUCAACACAACGCCUCGAGAUUGAAGACGAUAUCGAGAUGAGAGAGCCUUCCACGCCGGAUAGUACGCCCGAAAACAUAUGCUAUGGAACAAUAUUCCCGGCAAGUGCACAGCUAGUCUGUUCCGAAGCAUUGAAGGUUCGGCCACUGCCAUGGGAUCGAUUUCACCGCUUCGGACUCAAUGUUCGAGGCGCACAAUAUCAUCUCAUAUGCGAAGCAGACGGCGAAUCAGAUCGAGAUCUCGGGAUCUUAGACAUUGUGACCGAAGGCCAUUUAAAUACUUUGAAAUACAUUAGUGCGCUCACAUUCGAGGCUGUCAUUGCGUCGCCAGUUCUGGAAGGCUUGGGAGGAAGGGGGAAGAAGAAGAAGACUGUUAUCGUUGGUACCUCCGUCAACAUCAUGGGGCCCGAGAUUCUCGGCGAUGAGGUUGGGACUGCCUUGGAAACGACUUCAGCCAAUCUCCAGCAUCCUCUCUUUCUGCCAGCUGGCAUUCGAUAUGUCAACCCGCACUGGUUCUACCCCGACGACGAGCCAACAGAUCUACGACAUCUGGUUGGACCACCUCUCGUCGAGUCAGAUUCCAAGCGUAUUUCAGAUGUGGUUGAAGCUGCCCUGGGAUCGUUACAUGAACCAACUUAUCUGCGACCUCAGAGAUCCACUCCUUCUAAACGCCUUCGUACUAAGCUCAAGCCGCACCAGGCAGACGGUGUGCAAUUCAUUCUCAGUCGAGAAGAUUCAUCAUGUCGGCACGAAAUCUUCUCAGACAUGAAAGCCCUCAUUGGUCCCCAAUUCUUCUCGGGAAUAUACUCGUUGUGUGCCGGGGGCAUCCUGGCUGAUUCCAUGGGCUUGGGGAAGAGCCUGACGAUUCUGAGCACCAUUGUGGCGUCUAAAGACGCUGCCAGUGUGUGCCAGGCGGAAGCAACACCCCCUGGUGGGUUUCCGCAUACUGAGGCAACUCUGGUAGUUGCGACAUCCCGGCAGGUUCUAGACGUUUGGGUCUCUGAGAUAGACAGGCACCUGACAACCGGAUCAUUGUCUACUGUCCUGUUCCAUGGAGAAAACCGCGCCAAAUCGGCGGAAGCAUUGCUGGGUUGUGAUGUUGUGCUUACAACUUACGGCACCCUGACCGCAGAUUGGAAGGGCAACCGAGUUUUGCAAAAGCUUUGCUGGUUCAGGGUUGUCCUAGACGAAGCACACUGGAUUCGGAACCAAUCUGCCCAGCAAUUCAAGGCUGCAGCGGAGCUGAAAUCUGAGAGGAGAUGGUGCCUUACCGGCACACCGAUUCAAAACUCUAUGGAGGAUCUACGGUCUCUUCUGAAAUUCCUCCAACUCCAGCCCUUCGCAAGUCGCUCUGUGUUUGAGAGGCAUAUUGUGCAGCCGCUCCAGUCAGACUCCAAAGGUGGCUUCAGGAAUCUCAAAAUCCUGCUCGGAGCUGUCUGUCUGCGUCGGAACUCCAGUUAUCUUGAACUCCCGCCCGUGGAAGAAGAGAGAAUCCCCGUCGCCCUCAGCGUCGAAGAAACCGCGGAGCAGUCUCGUAUUUUCACCGAAUGCCAGAAGCAAUUUGACAAGAUCGUCAGUCGGAACUCUUCUCUCAAAAAAUACUCAGUUCUUUUUGCUACGAUCAUGAAGCUCCGCCAGUUAUGUAGCUACGGCACUCUUCAGCAGAGCUACCUGUCACUUCGAGCUUCAACAGCGAUGAAACAGAAAGAAAAGCUCACUGUGUGCGACCUGACUUGCAAGUUCUGCAGCGGCAACGACGAUGACACCAUGGCGCUACUCGAUGGUGAGAGUGUCUGCCCCGAGUGCUCGCGAUAUCUAAACGACAAAUCGAUACCUCGACUGGAGUCGACACCGGCGAGCUCCGUUGCCUCUCCUGGACCCAUCUCACCAGCAGCAGGCCUACCUCCAUACUCACCAUUUUCGAUUGACACGGGGCGAGACAUGAUUACCACAUGCCACUCGUCCAAACUCAAAGCCGUUGUGAAUAAUCUUGAACAGCACCAGGCUGUCUCAAAAAGCCUAGUCUUUGCUUUCUGGAGGCUGACCCUGGACGCCCUGGCAGCCAUGCUUGACAGCAAAGGCAUAGGCUAUGUCCAGAUCGAUGGGAGGGUGAAUGGUGUAGAUCGGCAGAAACAUCUCAGUCGGUUUCAAGAUGAGCCUCAAGUCAGGGUCUUGCUCAUGACCCUCGAAACAGGCUCAGUCGGCCUUACUCUGACGGCGGCGACUCGCGUCCAUAUCGUUGAGCCACAAUGGAACCCGGCUAUAGAGGAGCAGGCGAUAGCAAGGGCACACCGUAUGGGCCAGACCAAAGCAGUUACGGUUCUUCGGUACAUAACGCAAAAUUCUGUUGAGCAGAACAUCGUAGAGCGACAAGAGCGCAAGCGACGACUCGCGAGGCUGUCACUGGAUAGCAAUGCAGCGGACGACGACGCUGGCGGGAGGCUCGAGGAUCUGAAGUUCGUUCUAGAUAUCGGGGCCACAUAGCGGGUCUGCACCUUGUUUGGUCCAAAGUCCCUCUAAUAGAAGAUUCAACAUGCUUUCAUCAUGAGUCGGCAGUCAUUUAGGUAGAUCAAAACAAAGCUACAGGAAAACGAAUAGCACGAACUGUCAUCGGCACCACCGCCGCCCACG